CUGUUCUCCAUGUAGCAAUCCCAGCCACCAUGCAGCAUAUUGAUUACCAGCUUGAGACUGCCCGGAGCCAGGUAUACCGCUACACAGCCAUCCUUGAGAAGGCAGCCAACGACCCACACAUGAGAGCUGAACUUCAGCCAUAUAUGUUAAAAGAAGCGCUCUAUAAUAUACGACAAUAUGAGGUCUUCCUUCAGAUCAUUUUGUCAGAUAUAAUUACUGGUGCUCAAGAAGUGGAAAUGAUGACAAAACAGUUAGGAGCCCAUCUGGAACAACUAAAAAUGACCAUAAAAUCAAAGACAGCAGUCCCAACAUCACAAGUCUUUCCUAUCUUCAUUGCACUUUCUACUCUGUGGACCAGCUUGCAAGACGAAACUAUUGUGGUUGGUGUCCUCAGUAAUUUAUUCACUCACAUUCAGCCGUUCCUGGGUGCUCACGAACUUUACUUUCCUGAGAGAGCAAUGCAACGUCAUCUUAAUGGAGCGACUGUGAAAACUGAUGUGUGUAGAAUGAAAGAGCACAUGGAAGAUAGAGUAAAUGUGGCAGAUUUCAGAAAACUAGAAUGGCUUUUCCCAGAAACAACAGCAAAUUUUGAUAAACUAUUAAUUCAAUAUCGGGGAUUUUGUGCUUACACGUUUGCUGCAACAGAUGGUCUUCUCCUUCCAGGAAAUCCAGCAAUUGGAAUUUUAAAAUAUAAAGAAAAAUAUUACACAUUCAAUAGUAAAGAUGCUGCAUAUUCAUUUGCAGAAAAUCCUGAACAUUAUAUUGAUAUAGUUAGAGAAAAGGCCAAAAAAAAUACAGAGUUAAUUCAGCUAUUGGAACUUCAUCAACAGUUUGAAACACUGAUUCCAUAUUCUCAGAUGAGAGAUGCUGACAAACAUUAUAUAAAACCAAUUACAAAAUGUGAAAGUAGCACACAGACGGAUACACACAUACUGCCACCAACAAUUGUGAGAUCAUAUGAGUGGAAUGAAUGGGAAUUAAGAAGAAAAGCUAUAAAAUUGGCUAAUUUGCACCAGAAAGUUACUCACUCAGUACAGACUGAUCUCAGUCACUUGAGAAGAGAAAAUUGUUCCCAGGUGUACCCUCCAAAGGACACUAGCACCCAGUCCAUGAGGGAAGACAGCACUGGGGUGCCCAGGCCUCAGAUUUACCUGGCUGGUCUUCGUGGAGGAAAGAGUGAAAUCACCGAUGAGGUCAAGGUGAAUUUAACUAGAGCUGUGGAUGAAACCUAAUUAGAGACAACGUUUUAAAGUAGAUGCUACUCAAUUAUGAACACUAGCAAGUACUUAAAGGUAUAUUAACAUCUAUAAAAAUUAAUUUUGUGGGGUGGCACAUUCAUUGGUUGUAUGUUUAUUGGGUUCCCACAUUUUAUCAAACUGUUUUCUGUAAUACAGUUUUCAUUCUGUUGAAAAAUAAAACUGUCCAUUUAUCUUUUAUUUGUUA